CCGAGGGAGGAGGACAGCUUGCCCAGCUACAUGCCUCCUCCCUCCGGGGCGCCAAGACCAGAGCGGUCAAUGGCCAACCUGUCGACGACGAGUGACUCGGAUGAGUCUGCUAGCGACUGGGGACACCUCCCCAGCAACGGCGACGGCGACAACGCGAGUACCAACGCUGACAAUAGCCCCAUGGGGCCGCCGGCCUGCCAACCAACGGCGCCUUACCCAAAGGACUGCCCUGUGGCUGCCUGGGGACACCUCCCCAGCACCGACAGCAGCCGCAGGGCAGACACCUCAGCGCGAGAAACCCGUACGACGGGCGCCGCCGCCGCCGCCGCCGCCGACACGCGCCCAGACUGGGGACACCUCCCCAGCGCUCAUCGUAGCGGGCGAGGCGACGGCGGUGGCGGUGGCCGGGCAACCUACAGAGACCCCAGCAACAAGAGUCCGCGGGCGUGCCGGCCCCGGCAGCGGCACAGCGUCCUGUUCGAAUACGACGCGUACCGUGCCGCUGCCGGGGCCCGGCGGGGACACCAGGUUCUCAGCAAACUAGUCCGCCUCGAAGGCGUGUGCAGCAAAUACGGCGGCUCCUACCUGCGUCCGGGCGCGGACGUAGAGAUGGACAACGGGGCGCCGGCGCCGGCGGGGGCGAAUACGAAGGCACCGCCGGCGCCCCGGCUCUGGCACACGCGUGUGCACCCUCUCUACGCGGCGCGGUACGGCGACGACCCCAAUUGGGGCGUCAAUGACGCGCCGGGGGUGCUCCUCUGCCAGAGGUCGCCCCCCGCGCAUCGCCGCCCGGCCUGAUGAACGUAGCGGGACAGCUCAUCCCGACUAUCUCUCCUACCUCCUACCUCCUGCCCUGGGGCCCUACCACCACUUCCACAGGGCCCUGGGGCAUCCAUCUGUCCCACCACCCCUACGGGUGGUGUGGAGUUGGUGGUUCGGCACAUGGAGGGUUUCGCCCUGACCACACCAACUACGCACGCGACGGAAUACCACCAGCCUUAACACUAGACGACAAGCGCACCACACACACACGCCAGCCCGCAAACGAGCAUCGCCUCCCCAAGGGACCAGGUGUCGUGGUCCCUUGGGAAACGCCGGCAGAGCGAGAGGCGCCUCGGGAUAAGAUUGUCAUCUUUACCCAGUUUACUAGGGUUCUGAUAGCGGAAGCUGAUCCGCACACUUCGCCACUGUAACUUCUUCGCCAAGACUGGAAUUGGAGAAUAGGGGAACGACAGGGUGCUUGCGGGUAUGCGUACGGGAUUGGAGCCGUCCGCGAUGCUACAGGACUCGUCUUACUUGAUACCGC